AUGGCCGCGCCCUGGGUGACCUCUUCCUUGGGCUCCGGCCUUUCUGUGGACUUCCGGGCCCGGGGCGACCUCUCCCUCGGGCCCCAAGCCUACUGUGGGCUUCCAGGCUGGGGGCAACCUCUCCUGUGGGCUCCGGCCUCUCUGUGGGCCCCCUCCUCCGCGCUGGGGCCUGAGCUGAGCUCUCCCUUGCAGAUGGCCGUGGCAGGCUUCAUCCACUGCCCCACUGAGAACGAGCCCGACUUGGCUCAGUGUUUCUUCUGCUUCAAGGAGUUGGAAGGCUGGGAACCAGAUGACGACCCUACAGAAGAACAUAAAAAGCAUUCAUCUGGUUGUGCUUUCCUUUCUGUCAAGAAGCAGUUUGAAGAAUUAACCCUCAGUGAAUUUUUGAAACUGGAUAAAGAAAGAACCAAGAACAAAAUCACAAAGGAGACCAACAGUAAGCAGAAAGAAUUUGAAGAAACUGCAAAGAAGGUCCGCUGUGCCACUGAGCAGCUGGCGGCCUUGGAGUGACACCUCCCUGUCACUGCACAGCGACACAGACACGUCGUUUCCAGGGCA